AUGGCCCUCCCCGCCCAACAGCAGCACUCUCUGCAGAUCAACACUUCCCAGCCACGCCCCCUUACCACCAUGACACAACAGAGAAACCUUGUCCGCAACUCGACCGAUACCCGGGGCGAGGACGAUGUCUCCUUCUUUUCCUUCUCGGACGAUACCGGGCCGUCUAUAUGGUGCUGCUUUGGCAGAUCGCAAGCCACAGCCAAGAGCUCUUCUCGGCUAGCGACCCCUGUGCGACCUCAGCCGCUCGUCAACCCUUUUGUCGCAGCCUCGGAGAAAGCUCGGCCAGCGCCUUCCGCUUGA